CCACGCAGCCACUAGCCCGACUCCAAAACCCUAAUAUCUCGACAUGGAUCUCCCCGACGAGCUCCUCGACCAAGUCCUCGGGCACGUCCCUCCGCGGCAGCUCGCCGCCUGCCGCUGCGUCUGCAAGAGCUGGCGGGCCGUCGUAGAUGGCCGCGGGCUGCUGCGCGCCUACCUUGCGCCGCGCCCACUGCGUGGCAUCUUCAUCAAUUUCUUCCACAAGCAGGGCCAUAGCUUCUUCUCCCGCGACGCGCAGCCGCAGACGACCCCCCGCAUUCCCAUCAGCAGCAGCAUGGUCCGCGUCCUCUACACAUGCGGGGACGCGAUGCAUGCGUGCAACCCCGCGACGCGGCGGUGGGCGACGGUGCCUCCGCCGCCCGUACCCUUUUUCCGCAACCACACGUACCUCAUGUUCGACCCAACGGUGUCGUUGCACUACGACGUGCUAUGCUUCCCUAACGUGCCUGAGAGGCCGGCGCCGCCAUAUCAGUCUCCCAAGAGACAUUGCAAGGCCAAGGAGGGAUCAUCAUGGACGAGAGUGUACAGCUUCAGGGAUUUUGAGAAAUUGCCGCCGUCUUUGAAAUCAGAAUAUCGGGAUGAGGUGGCCACAUUGGGCUCCGUGGAAUGGCCACCGCACCUAUACGCAGUGCAACUGUUCUCGUCAAGAACUGGCCAGUGGCAGGAGAGGCACUUCAUUCGACAAGGCGACGUGGCAGUGACAGUGGCAGACGUGUGGUCGGACCCACAUGCGCGGCAUGGACCGAGGGCCCUUCGACGUAAUGCUGUGUACUGGCGGGGAGCAUUCUAUCUCCAUUGCUAUGUUGACUUCAUCGUGAGGCUGUCAUUGCAAGAUCGAAAGUAUGCAGUGAUCAAAACCCCAACAUUCGAUAAUCUUUUGGGGGCACCGGUAUCGCAUAAUGACACGCACCAGAAAUCCAAUGGGUAUUUUGGAAAAUCAAAGCAGAGGAUCUACUACACCGCUGUCAACGGGUACCAAAUUUCGGUAUGGGUAUUACAAGAGGCAUCAGAGACAUGUCAAACCAUAGAGUGGGCGCUAAGGCAUCAAAAUGACCUCGAGCAUGAUUUUCAGCGACACUAUAACGGACACCUUAUAGGAGAUAAGAUUGGCAAGUCUUGGACAUUGGAUCCCUGUAUGGAAGAAUCAAGUGACAAAGGGGACAAUGGAUGGGACUCUAGUGAUGACAGCGUCACUGAUGCAGGAGAAGAAGGGAUCAACGGUAAUGAGGGUUAUAAAAAUUGCUACUAUGGAAUGGAUUUUUUGGGCUAUCACCCUGACAGGGAAAUUGUUUUCCUGGGCAGCCAUUAUAGCGGGUUUGCUUACUACUUAGGUGCCUCCAAAUUGCAUUACUUGGGCUCACUUUAUCCAAAUAGCGGACUACGCCAUCGAUCUCUCGCCGCGCCUACCCUCGGGUCAUUCAUCUAUACACCUUGCGUUGAGGAUCUGCUUCCCGCUUACAACGACCCAUGAUGAAAAUGUAUUUUAUUUAAUCUGUUUGUGUGUCGGCAGAUAGAAGCUAGGUGUUGUACAUGGGAGGAUCGAUCGAUAUCCAUGAGCAAAAUACUAUACAUUGGAUGAGAAGAAUCUACUCUGUUUGGACACAAUUUUUCGGUUUUUGUUUAUA